AUUGGUUUUGCAAGCAAUUGUGGAACCGGAACAGUCAACAGCGGUCACCUGAAAUCCUCGCAGAGCGUUUGACGAGCAAAAGCUGAGCGGGAUUGGCGGCGCAGUAGUCAGGGACCAACACACGGUCACGCCGGCUGUAAGCUCAUUCGAGCACCUCAGAACGGAAGGCACCACGCAUAAUUAGUGAAUCCUCCCCGGCGCACCUACCUAGACUCUACCCUCCCACAUUACCACGAAUCCACCUCGACUGCGAGCAUCAAUCCUCGCACAUCGAGCUCCCACGGCGCCUGCCCACGAGUCGCAGAUUUUAACUCAGCGUUCAAAAUCCUCAGCGCUCAAGCGCUGCACUCCGCCAUGCAUCGCAGAAACCCCAUCUCAGUCCUCGUGUACAACACGCUCUUCCCGACGCCCUCCCCAACCGAUCCCCCUUCCUUCUCCGCGCACCUCUCCAAAAACCUUGUCGGCGAAGUCCGCAUCGAAACCGCCACCUUCUACGGCUCGCUCGACACAAUCGAGGCGCGAUACCCCGGCCUCAACUACGCCUACGCGCCGCACCGCAAGCGGUUAGGCCGCUUCCCGCACCACAAGAAGCUGUUCGAGGCGUUCGACCGGCUGGGCCUCACGGACAGCGAGAUCCAGGGCUUCUGCAGGUGGGAAGGCACGCUGUGGGCGCGCGAGCGCUACGAGCGCGACGAGGGCGUCAAGGUGAGGGAUACCACGGGGAUGGAGAUUACAGAGUGGGUGGAUCGGCGGAAACACCGAAUGCACAGCAGCGGAAAGGGCAUCAACGUGAAGACGGACAUCGAGGUCGAGAUCGAGGAGGUGUCCGCGAGCGAAGUGGUCACAGAUCCCAGGCCCGCGGACACGGAAAUGCGCGAUGAGGAAGACGAGGAGAGCGACGAGGAGGACGUGGACGAGAGCGUGGGCUUCGAGCUCAAUCAGCGACUCAUGCACGCCGCGGCGCUCAGGGAACAGGGCGCGAAUGUGCCCAUGGACCCCGAGUGGGAGCAGUACCUCAAGGAGGCGCAAGAACGCGGAGAGCUCAACAUCGACGCGACGAGGGAGGCGCUGAGGACCAUGGCCGGUCAGCUCCAGGCGCAGAUGAACCAGCACGCGAGCUCGAGUUCAACGGCGGCAACACAACCCUACCCGCCGCCUGCUGCGCCAGCAUAACCUCCUCUUGUUCAACUCUCGUCUCGAUUUUUUUCUGCCCUCAUUUCGGCUUUCGACUCGAUGCAUCAGCAUUCCAUAAAUACCCCGUUUUCUCACAUUUCCAACACAAUCAGCACGCUCUUCCCCCGCAAACUGGCCGAUACACACUGCCGCCCCAUACACCUCCACACCACGCCGUCCGAGUUCGGAGUUGAAGAAGCAUGCAUGGCGUUUGUCGAAAAGAAGGGCGUUUCGGUUGCAUGGAAUACCCAGGUGAUUCUUUGGUCACUACUGGGUCACCGUGCUGGUUCUAGUUUUUUUCUUCCCGGUUUAUUUCUCAUGCGUCUGGUGUAGAUAGAUCUCCGUAGUAACACCGGGAGGCUGU